AUGGCGGAGCAGCCCGAGCCGAACCUUGAGAGUGUGCCUAGUGCCUAUGGUCGCCAGGUCAGCAACCGGCGACCACAAGUGCAUGUGGGUGGAAGCUUUCUCCAUAUGUCCGGCGAACGGCUUGGUGCUGUGACUUCCCAGGAGAAGUGCAAGACAUGCAUGAAUAGUGUCUACAUGGCCAACUUCAUGGCUUUGGUGGUCCUCAUUGAUGCUGUUUGCACGGUGGCGGACAUUGAUGCCACCGCCCAGCAGCAGCAGUCUGGGGACUUGGUCCAGGUGAUCUCAGAUCUUUGUUUGACCGCCUAUUCACUUGAGGUGCUUGGAUUGCUCUACCUCUACGGCUUUCAUCUCUUAAAGGACUGGAUGAUGUUACUGGAUGUGGUCAUCGUGGUGUGUGGCUGGGGCGAGAAAAUCCUGGCCGCGGCCAUCGCGAGCUCCCUGGGCUUUCGGAUUUCCGUGCUGCGCGCGCUGCGCUUGGUGCGGAUCUUCCGCUUGAUGCGCCUGCUAAAGCGAAUCCGGCCCCUGCGGGAUGCCUGGCAGGAGAUUGAAAUGUGGAUGAGAUCGCGAGAGGUGCAUCGCCACAUGGAUACACGGCACAUUUGCUGUUGGAUGGGUCGUCGGAGCACCAAGGAGUUGCACAAACUGGUCAUGAUGAUGGCCACCUGUCUUCGUACUUUGCUCUGGUCUUUCAUGCUCUGCUUUGUCGUGAUGACCGUCUGGGCCAUGCUCAUGGUGGAGACGAUUCACCCCAGUUUGGAGGAGAUGUACUUGGCAGAUGAGUUGGGCAGCUGCGACACGCAGUGCAUCCGAUCCAUGUCUUCCGUCAUGGAUGCGAACCUCUUAAUUUUCAAAACGGUCAUUGCUGGAGACAGUUGGGGCGAGAUUGCCGUGCCCGUGAUUCAAAAGCAUCCGGGGACAGCGAUCAUCUUCGUAGGGUCUUUGUUGACACUGGUCUUUGGGGUGCUCAACCUCAUUGUCGCUGUUGUUGUAGACACCUUUGCUGAUGCUCGUCUCAACGAUGUGCAAAACUUAGCGGAGGAGAUGGAGGAUGAAAUUGAACAUGAUCGCAAAGCCUUGGCAAAGCUUUUCGCGCGAAUUGACAAGGAUGGCAGCGGGCAGCUCACUUUGCAAGAGAUGAUUGAGGGUGCUCGUCAGGAUCCAGGAUUUCAAUCCCGACUGCGAGUCAUGGACAUUGACGAGCAUGACUUAGAACAACUUUUCCAGAUGAUUGACCGGGACCAAUCCGGAACCAUUGAAGUGGCUGAGUUCAUUGGCCCUCUGUCCCGGUGGGCGCAUGAUUCGAAAACUGCACCCCGCUUCAUCAAGUAUCACAUGCUACAAACAAUGCAAAUGCAGGAGGAUCUGUGGGAAUUGUCGGUCGAGUGCUUCAACCAGCUGAACACCAAGAUUGAGGCCUUGGCUGGGCGCAUGGCUGGCGAAUAUCCUGCGGCUGAAGGCCCUCCGAAAUCCCGCGAGAUGAGCUUCGAGGGCGCUGCGCCCAGUGAGGAGGUCAUGACGCACAUUGGUUCCCUUGACUCUCGAGCAUCUCAGGGCUCACACAUCACGGAAACGAUGAUGUCGAUGGAUGUCAGUGGGAACGUAAAGGUCCAGCUGGAUGGUUUCGACUCCGUCCUGAGCCCCUCGGCCAGUCCGGUGGUGACCAAAGAGACGGCGCCGCGCGAAAUGCUCGACCAGCCGAAGGCCUCACCGGACCCCGACCUCUGGGCGCCCAAGUCCACGGAGCAGCAAUUUCGAGAGAAGUCCUCAGUCUUGGAAGGUUUGCUGGAAUCGGCCAUGAGCAAGCUGGAAGGCAAAUUGGUGACUCGAAGCAUUGAGGAGGAUUUGCUCCUCGAGAGCCGCGGGCGCCGCCACGAACUCCUGGCCUCUCCGGAGGGUCACAACGCCUUGAGCGAGGCGAUCGGAAAGCCCAAGUCGAAGAAGAAGGGCAAGAUCUUGCAUCCCGAAGCCUUCAGGAAUAUGUACAUGGACCGUGGCAAACGGCUGUCCCUCAUUCCACCUCCGCCAAGCUCGCCGCCAAGCUCUGGCGAUCCAUCGCCCGGGUGCUUUGCUCCGCUUAAGGCUCCAAGGUGCCCCGGCGUGGUCUUAUGCAUCCGACUUUGGGAUGGCCAGGAUAAGCCCAAAGACACGGUGCUCAUCAAAGAUCUGGGCUUGGUCGCUGCCUGUGUGAACUCCGAGAUCCUUCGGAUGCAUGCCAUGAAAGAUCUGGAUUUGCUCCGGGCGCUGGAGGAGUUGAGCCAACGCAGCGACACCUCCGAGGAGGUGCGCCACUUUGCGCAGAAGACCGGGCACCGGAUCUUCGACGUGGCCUUUCGCCGCGAGGACCCGACGAGACGAGACGUGGUCCCGUUCGCGGUCCGAGCCGGUUCGGAGCCGAUGGCAGAUUUACAGCACCCACUGGUGGAAUCGGUGCCCCGAGCCCUCGCGGGCGAAAGCAUCGCCUUCGCAGAGAAAAGGGAUUGGGAGGGAAGCGACGAAGUGGCUGAGAGAGAUCUUCAGGACAUCCGGGCCGCCCCGCCGGAUUUCCGACCGCCGCCCCGGUGUCACGUUGGAGCUGAGCUCAGGAAGUCGGGGGCACCUGGAUCUCUGGAGACCCUGCACCCUUUGGACCAUUGGAUGGAAGAGGUUCACUGCGAGAGGCAUCCUUGGCUAUCUCCUUCAGCCAUGGAGCCCUCUCCCGAGCCGUUGCUGCCUGAGACCUUCAGUGCCCUUAUGCAGUCCCAUGCCCAGUCCAAGUUCUUUCAGGUGCUGAUGAAUGUGGUGGCUUCCGAGAUCAAGGUAGGUGGGCUCCGUCUCAUCCGGGCGGCCUUGCAACGCUACGAUCGGCACGGGAGUGGGUACAUCGCAGCUCCAGACCUGGAGGCCGUCUUCCACGAGCUGUCCGUCUCGGCGGCCACUUCGGAGCAGGCGCUCCGAGCGCUGGACGUGGCAGGCACGGGCCAGAUUUCAUACACGCUCUUUAUGGCGGGCUGUGUGGAUUUGGUCGAUGACAAGCUGGACCACAUGCUGUGGAAGGUCUUUAGUAUGGUGGAUGAAGAUUGCACGGGCGAGAUGGAAACGCUGGUGCCGGAGCUCGGUGUGCGUCAUCGGUCGACCGGUCGCGUCUUCUCUUCUCGUCUCGCGCAGCGCAGCGCGUCUCGCGCGAGAAGGAAGGUGACACAGGAGAUGAGAGCCAAGCUCAUGCAUGCUAUGGAGCCAGACUCGGACAUGAAUUGCAAGGCGGUUCCCAUAGCGCUGAAGGCGCUUCGGCCACGGGGCUACGAAGAGACCGAUCGGGAGGCGUUCUUGGUCUCCCAGGUGUCCCUGGCGCGGCAGCGUCGGCAACUUCUGGAAAGUCCUGACACGCCCAGAGCCGCGCCAAGCUUCUUAUGCCCGGCGCCAGGUGCCGGCGUUCCGGAAGGUGGUGUCUACGAGACCGAGAUCGAGAAGUGGCACUUCCAACGACAUCAGAUGUGGGCGGAGGAUCAGGACUUGUGUCAUCGAUCCUUUGGACUUUGGACUCGUGGAGGAAGCCUCUCCUGUCCCUUGAGAUACGCGGUGAUUGGCAACUUCGUGGGGCUUGCUCCUGGCGACCUGGUUCUGGACAUUGGCUCUGGCUGUGGACACAUGGGCGCUUGGUUCCACGAUUGGUUUGGCGCGCGGACCAUCGGUCUCGACUUCCAACCAGCUGCAGUGGCCUUUGCCCAGAAGUAUGUGGUUCCAGUGGCGCCGACGCAGUUUUGCUGGAUGGAUGUGGCAAGCCAGCUCGGGGACUGGCUUCCGAACCGCUCGGUGAAGCUGGCCACGGCGAUUAGCGUUUCGGACUUCCUUUCUGCCGAAGCGGCCGAAGCGGCCCUUCGGCGGCGGAAGAUCCGGUUCAAGGGUUCCCUCUCGAGGAAGGUGGAAGGUGGAGGGGAAUGA